AUGUCAAAGUCAUUGGUCAUGGCUACAGGUGCCAACAGAUUGCAAACAAGCAGCAUUGGCAUUAUGGGCGGCAAUCUCCGAUUAUGUUAUGGCUUCACAACUUCUUCAUCAUCUAAUAAUACAGAUUCACAAACGUCGUCAACUCAUUCAAAGUCAUCACAAUUGAGAGUGGCCAUUGUUGGUGCUCCUGGUUCAGGAAAAGGAACACAAUCAGCCAAGUUGGAGAGAGACUUUGGUUUAAAGUCAAUCUCAACUGGACAGAUACUAAGAAAGGCGUCAACGGAGGAUACUGAACUGGGUAGGGAUAUCAAGGCUAAGCUGGACUCUGGACAGUUGUUAUCAGAUGAUUAUAUGUUUAGCCUUGUAAAGGAUUAUCUCUCAAAGAUUGGAUCCUAUCUUCUGGAUGGAUUCCCAAGGACAACAAAGCAAGCCGAGGCACUUGAUAAAUGGCUGGAAGAGAGGAAUACGCCACUGGACUUUGUAUUAUAUUUGGAUGUUCCAGAGGAGGUGUUGAUCGAACGUAUAUUGGAUCGUUGGAUCCAUCCCGCAAGUGGAAGAGUGUACAACUCCACUUAUAAGGUGCCCAAGGUGCCUGGAACCGAUGACAUCACUGGCGAGCCAUUGGUGCGUCGCUCCGAUGACAACGAGGAGCUAAAGAUCAAAGAUAGGAUAGAGACAUAUCAUCGCGAGACCAUGCCAAUCCUCACGCACUAUAAGAACAAGAACAAACUAGUUACAAUCUUCUCGCCAACCUCUGACGUUGGUUAUGAAUCAAUAUUACAAUAUACCAAUCAAUAUUGUAGAGGAUACCAACAACAACAGCAGCAACAACAGAAACACACGCGACAACAUCAAUCAAACAAUCAACAACAACAGCAACAUAGUAAUGAACAGAAGUUCUCUACACAGACAUCAUCAUCAACUACAUGGCGCUUAUAA